AUGCCUCCCAAACGCAUGACGGCAAACCCCAUCCGGCCGGCUCGCCACCGUGCCGGAAAGGCCACAGGCGCCUCAUCUUCCUCAGAAUCCGAUAGCGACGACGGUGAAACGGCGGUCGCGCCCGGGCCCAAGAUCCCACCACCACCCAAGGCCGCGAGUGCAGGCAAGAUCAUCAGCAACCUCAACCGCAUCGACCUCAAUGCGCGGCAGAACGAGCGCGAGAGGGAAGCAGCGGAGCGAAGGAAGGCCACCCAGAGGGCAGAGAGGCUCGCCGCCGAGCAGGGUUUCGUCACCGAGGACGAGGAUGAGAGCGGCGGGUCGGACGAUGACGAUGACGAGGAGGACGAGAGCGGGUCGGACGAGGCAAGCAGCAGCAGCGAGGAGGAGGCGCCGAGGAAGCUCAUGAUGCGGCCCAAGUUCGUACCAAAGAGCCAGCGGGCCAAGACGGCCAAGCAAGACGCCGACGAGGCUGCGCGCGAGGCCGAGGAGGAGGCGAAGAAGAAGGCGACGGACGACCUCGUCGAGGAGCAGAUCCGAAAGGACCUCGCCGCCCGCGCCGCUGGCAAGAAACACUGGGACGACGAGGAAAAUGCCGAAUCCGACGUCGACACCACCGACGAACUCGACCCGGCCGCCGAGGAAGCCGCGUGGCGGGUCCGUGAGCUCAAGCGGCUCAAGCGCGCCCGCACCGCCGUCGAGGAGCGUGAGAAGGAACUCGAGGAGGUCGAGCGGCGACGCAAUCUCACGGCCGAGGAGCGGGCGGCCGAGGACGAGGAGCACCUUGCGAAACAGCGAGACGAAAAGGAUGCCAAGGGCAAGAUGAGCUUCAUGCAAAAGUACUACCACAAGGGCGCCUUCUUCCAGGCCGAGACCGAGGCCGCCGGCCUGCUGCAGCGGGACAUUAUGGGCAGCCGCAUACAGGACGAUGUGAGGAACCGCGAGGCCCUGCCCGAGUACCUCCAGAGGAGGGACAUGACCAAGCUCGGCCGCAAGGGCGCCACCAAGUACAGGGACAUGAGGUCGGAGGAUACUGGUCAGUGGGGGCAGAGGCACGAUGACUCUGGGCGGCGAGGGGACAGGACUGGCAGCAGUAAAUUCGACGGAGACGACCGGUUCCGACCCGACGACGACCGGUUCCGAUCCGACGAGAGGGGUGCCAACGGCGCCAACGCGAUCCCGCUGGGCCCAAGGAAGGGUGCUGACAUGCGGGACAGAGGAGACGGAGGAGACAGCUAUCGCACGCGAGAUGACGACGACUACCGCCGCCGCCGAUCACGGACGCGAUCCCGCUCGCGCUCCCCGAGGCGGCGCCACGACGACAAUCGCAGGAGUCGGAAGCGGAGCACGUCCCGAGACGGGGAUGCGGAUCGCCACGACGCCGACAAGAGGCGCAAGGUGGAUGCAGACAUGGAGAGGUGA